AUGGGAAAAUCGCAAUCCAAGCUGAGCACAGAGGAACUCAAGGACCUCCAACGUUGCACCCGCUUCGACAAGAAGGAGCUCCAGCAAUGGUACAAGGGAUUUAUCAAGGAUUGCCCUAGCGGAGAGCUCGACAAACCAGAGUUUCAAAAAAUCUACAAACAAUUCUUCCCCUUUGGAGAUCCAUCGAUGUUUGCAGACUACGUCUUCAACGUCUUUGAUUCGAACAAGAAUGGAAAAAUCGAGUUCAAGGAGUUCAUCGUCGCCUUGUCUGUGACAUCCCGCGGAGACCUGGAGGACAAACUGCAAUGGGCCUUCCAAUUGUAUGAUAUUGACAACGACCAGACAAUCACAUACGACGAGAUGCUGAGUAUUGUGGACGCCAUUUACAAGAUGGUCGGAACAAUGGUCAAACUUCCUCCUGAUGAGGAUACGCCGGAGAAACGCGUGUCAAAGAUCUUUUCGAUGAUGGAUAAGGACAAGGACGGCAGAUUGACAUUCGAUGAGUUCAAGGAGGGAUCCAUGAAGGAUCCCACUAUUGUCCAGGCUCUCAGCUUGUACGACGGUCUUGUCUAA